UGCUCAAUUGCCCAUCUUCAGUCUUCACUCCCCUCAACCAAGGUUUUUUAUUAUUUUUUUAAACAAAUUCCAAGACAAAAACAUCAUCGGUUUCGAACCAAACAACGUAAGAAUGAAGAGAGUCUUCAGCAUUAUUUUGCUAUUAUUACUUACCGUUAUCUCCACCGUCACCAGCUGCCCGCCGUCUGACCGGGCUGCACUGUUAAGAUUCAAGGGAGCUCUCCACGAGCCUUUCUUGGGCAUCUUCAACUCAUGGACGGGCACCGACUGUUGCCACAACUGGUACGGUAUUAGCUGCGACCCUGAGUCACACCAAGUCGCUGACAUUAACUUCCGUGGUGAGUCCGAAGACCCUAUCUUCGAGCGAGCAGGCCGGUCCGGUUUUAUGACCGGGGUUAUCUCAGCCGAAAUAUGUAAGUUACCUCGCCUCUCCAGUAUUAUUAUAGCCGAUUGGAAAGGAAUUACUGGCGAGAUUCCUAAAUGUAUUGCUACGUUGCCGUUUCUUCGUAUUCUUGAUUUGAUUGGUAACAAAAUCUCGGGAGAAAUUCCUUCUGAUAUCGGGAGGUUGCAGCGUCUCACGGUUUUAAAUAUUGCCGAUAACCAAAUAUCGGGUAGAAUUCCUUCUUCGUUAACGAAUUUAUCAAGCUUGAUGCAUCUGGAUUUGAGAAAUAACAAAAUCUCGGGUCCGAUCCCGAGGGCAUUCGGGCGACUCAGGAUGUUGAGCCGGGCUUUGUUGAGCGGGAACCAGAUAAGCGGACCAAUCCCCGGCUCGAUAUCUCAAAUAUAUCGUCUUGCUGAUUUUGAUCUCUCCAUGAACAAAAUAUCGGGGGUGAUUCCUCCUUCUAUCGGAAGAAUGGCGGUUCUCGCGACACUGAAUUUGGAUUGCAACAAUAUAACGGGUACGAUACCAACGACUCUUUUGACUUCCGCAAUAAGCAACUUGAAUUUGAGCCGAAACGCGUUGGGAGGAAAAAUUCCGGAUGUUUUCGGGGCGAGAUCAUAUUUCACCGUCAUCGAUUUAUCGCAUAACAACUUUAGGGGUCCGGUACCGAGAUCUUUGUCGGCGGCGUCUUAUAUCGGACACCUAGAUUUGAGUUACAACCAUCUCUGCGGGCGCAUUCCGGCGGGAGCACCCUUCGAUCAUCUUGAAGCGUCCUCAUUUGUGUAUAACGACUGUCUUUGUGGAAAACCACUUCGAGCUUGUUGAUCAGAUCAGCCAUAUCUCCUCAAUAUAUAUCUUCUGUAUUAUGCUGGUGUAAACCUAAAGAGAAAUUAGUAUAUGCAUUUUGUUUACUUCAGUUUCCCUUA